CACCCUGGAGUACGAUUCACAUAGACAUUGUGAAAUCCACGUGGUCAAUUCAAUUCCAGUUCGACGUGCAGUUCCAAAAUCAUCACCGUCAUGGGGACGAAUCCGAGACGAACCGAGGCUCCAGCUCUCAGAUUUAGCCAUGCUUCUCAUCUGAAGCUUGCCUGUCUUCUCGGGGUGUUGUACUCACUAUCAGUGAUUCAGGCUCAGGAUGUUCACUCCCGGUGCGGAAACUUGACUCCGUCACCUACUCUGACACCAUUCGUGCAGCCACUGCCUAUACCUGUGGAAAUCGACAUCUCCACAGGGUCUCAGCUGACUUUGGGUGCUUACAAGAUUUCCCAGAGCGUCCAUCCAGACCUUCCGAACACGACAUUCUACGGAUACGGGACGAGUCAAGACACAGCCACAUCUCCGGGCCCGACUCUGAACGCCAGGAGGAAUGUGGCCUCGUUCAUUCGGUUCGAGAAUCACAUCACCGACGCGGAGCACAUUCUGACCGUGGACAAGACGCUGCACAGAGCGACGCCAGCGAACGGAGGCGUGCCGAUGAGCGUGCACCUGCACGGCGCCGACGCCGAGGGCAAGUUCGACGGGCACCCGGAGGCCUGGUUCACGGCGGCCGGCGACAAGGGCCCGACCUUCAUCGCCACGAACAACACGUACCCGAACGAGCAGCCGGCGAGCCUUCUCUGGUACCACGACCACACUCUGGGCUACACUCGGCUCAACGUGGUAUCCGGGCUGGCCGGGCUGUACUUCAUCCGCGGGGGAUCCGGCGAGCCCGGUUCUCUGCCCGAAGGACGGUACGAGAUCCCGCUGGUCAUCCAGGACAAGCAGUUCUACCCCAACGGGUCCAUCAACUUCCCGGACCUCGGGUCGCCGCUGUCGCCCGCGCACCCGCAGUGGUGCCCGGAUUAUUUCGGCGACACGAUUCUGGUGAACGGCAAAGCCUGGCCCUUCCUCGACGUGGUCGGGGCCGUGUACCGCUUCCGCAUUCUGAACGCGGCCAACGCUCGAGCCUUCACUCUCUCGUUCAGCGACAGCCGCCUCCAGUUCGUGCAGAUCGGCACGGACGGCGGCUACAUGUGGGCUCCCCAGCUGCUGCAGAAUCUGACCAUGGCUCCUGCUUACAGAGUCGACGUCCUCGUGGACUUCUCAAGCGUUCCCGUCGGGACGACGGUGUAUCUGAACAAUACUGCUCCGGCCCCGUUUCCUGAUGGGGACCCGAUCAAUAGUCCUCCCAGCACCAGGCACGUCAUGAAAUUCAAUGUCGUUCAGUCCAUACCCGGGUUGCCUGCGCAGAGUGUGGUCAUUCCUACUUCCAUCGGGUCCGCCCCCAGCACCGCCGCCUGGAUAGACUCGGCGGUGUACAGAAAUGUGACCUUGGAUGUGGUUCUGCCGCCGGACCUGACGUUUCUGCUGAAUAAGAAUCACUGGGAUGAUCCUGUCACCGAGACGCCGAAGCUUUACACGACCGAGAUUUGGGAUAUCAUUCACCUCAUUCCGGGCGGCAUUCAUCCGAUCCACAUUCAUCUCAUCAACUUCCUCGUGCUGCAUCAGCAGGCGUUCGAUCUGACUCGGUUUAACGGUGGCCUGUGUUCGCUCCUGCUGUCAUAUCCGGAGUCCCUCAGCUGCUACACUGAGGCCCCGCAGCCUCCGGACGCCACUCAAGUCGGCUGGAAGGACACCGUGGUCGUCUACCCGGGCACGAGACUCAGAAUUCUGAUGAAUUUCGCGCCCAGAGACUGGCCGCAAUUACACGUUCGAUCCCACCACGUUCCCCGGUUACGUAUGGCACUGUCACAACCUGGACCACGAGGACCAUGACAUGAUGAGGCCGCUCCGAAUUCUGCCUGCAGCAUCUUGAGUCCACCUUCCGCCUCCAGCAUCUAGAAAUCGGACCACUUUAGACGUCCAUUCUCUCGACAUCUGCACAUAGCUCACAACCAUGUUCUGCACCGUCGACAAGUUUGAUGGCCUCUAGCUUCAGCCGAAUCCGGAGGAAGAAUCGAAAUGG